UAUUUUUAUGCACGCUCUUCAUUAAAAAGAUUCAUCGAGAGGUUAAACGUUAUUAUGUUCUAGAAACAAAAACCACGAAUUUCUCAAAAUCCUUUAAAUCGUACUUACGCAAAAAAACUACAGGUCUCGUGUUAAUUUUUGGCAUUUAAACCCAACAUUUCUAAAGAUCCACCCAGUUUAGCUCGUCUGAAUUGUUGAAUUCAAACAUUUGUCUUUUUUUAAAUUUCCGAUUUAGAAUUUUCCAACUUUGAUUUAAUACAAUUUGAAUUGCAUCCUUUCUAUUUGAAGCAUUCUUUGGAAUCUGAUCGCCUUCGAUCUCUACCUCUGCGCAAUAUCCCAGGUUCUUCAUUAGGAGUCUCGGAAGAAUCUGAGUAAAUAUUAUUUACUCGAAAAUCAUGGCUUCUUCAUCUAGAAGCGAAGGGAUCAAUCAGGGCCAUGAUGCGCAACUGGAAUGUCCUGGUUGUGCCAAUAAGUUGAAAGGCAACGUGCCUGAGCUUCCUUGCGGACACUGCAUUUGCCUCCCAUGUACCGCUGCUCUGGAAACGCAAACAAUCCAGAAGUGUCCUGUUGCAAAAUGCCGCAGCAGUCGAACUAAGUUCACAGAACGAAUUGUAGUGGAUAACUUACCCACAAGACCUGCGGCUGCGGUUGACGACAGUUUCAUGAUGCCACCUCCACCCUACGCAGAGCGACCCAAGACAGCUUCAGUAAGCUAUUGCGACUUACACCCAUCUGAAUCCAUUAGAUUCUACUGCAACGAGUGCUCGGAGGCUAUCUGUGCUCUGUGUUGGGAUGAAAAACACAGUGACUGGAAAAAACACAAUAUCAGCACAAUGUCAAUAUACAUGAGACCCCAGAAGGAAGUUGAAGCACGCAUUGCAGCUUACAGGUUAGAAUGUGUGAAUAUGACUGGAGUUCUACAGGAAUGGCAGCCUUGCAUUGACCAGAUUCAAUCAGCAGAGCGAGCACAGAAAGCUGUUCUGAAAUGUAAAUCGGCGCGAGAUAUAGAGCAAAAGUCCCGCGAUGUCAGAAAUCACCUGUUGGCACAAAUGGCAAAUGUCCAAAAUUAUAAACGGAAAAUUUUAUCGCAAUUUUCUGAAAUCGAGGCUACUUAUGAGCGAAUUUUCGGAGACGAGGUUGUGGACUCCAAGUCUGAUGGUUCACCAAAUCAGUUGAACCAGGGCGCCAAUACUUCAAGAGGAACAUCUGGCCCUAGAAUGACUGACAAUAUUACUAGUUCUCCUGGAGGAAGCUCUGUAACUGGGAGAAGUGACGGUGUUAGUGCUGGAAAAAAAUUGGUAAUUGAAGAUAAGAAAAGGAAAAGGUUGACUGGUGUGAAGGAGACUUGGAUAGGCGAUAAGAUUGUUAGGUGUGAUAAGGCGGUUUUUAAUGCGGAGUCUAGAGAAUUGAUGUGCUUUAAUUUUUUAAACACAAUAACGGUACUGAGACUGAACGAUAAAAAUGAAAAGUUGGAAGUAAAGAGGACAAUGGAGUGGAAUGAGUUGAGAGAAAAGGAAAACUGGCUGUGGGAUAUAACUGUAAACGAUGGAAGUAUUAUGUACGGAGUGAUUAGAGAGGACGGUGGAACUUACUUUAAAAAAGUUGAGGAAUUGGAUCAAUUCAGUUUUAAAAAGAAAUCAGAGCUAGAUACUCAAGGAGUGCUUAAUGGCAGUGGUGUGAUCUGGUAUUUGUCCUCCUUUCAUGACACGUUGGCUCUGUCUGUAUUUGAUAACAGGAAUAAAGAUGAUCGGAAGUGGCGCAGCGUAACCGUUUACAAAAACAAGAAGAGAAUGGAAACUGUUUCGCUUGAAAUAAGCGUACAUGAAGGGAUUUAUUGGAAUGGUUUUACAUUGGUUAAUGAGAACACGCUCCUAUUGAGUUGUGGUUUGAACAAAAAAAUAGCAGUAGUCACACUGCCAUCACAGUCACAUUGUCAUUCAAUAGCGGCCUCAACAUCAUCAUCUUUAUCUUCAAGUACCACCCUGAAACCUCAAUCAAUCAAGUAUGUAUUUGCUGCUUGUGUGACGAGGAUUUACUCUCUGCUUUGGAUGCCAAUUGAUUCUCAACUUGAGGGAUAUAUAUGCGUGGGAGAGAGCGAGGGUGCAUCACUCUCCCGGAUGUAUAAAAUAAACCUUGGAACAGAUUUGGCAAAAGUAGACGAGGGAAAGGAAACAAAGCUGGAAGAGGUCGAAAAUGUAUCCCCGUUGGAGAAGACGACUGUUAUAUGCCCAGUUGACGAUUACACAGUUUUUGCAACUCGUGGAGAAAAAUGGUUUGAAGGUCAACCAGUUGUUUUGAAAUUCGAUUUUCAGCCCAUCUAACGGCAUUUUCGAUGGAAGUUUUAUUCACUGGCAUCCUCAAUUUGUGCUUUUAUGUUUUUAAAUUACAUUUCAUAUGUCUUUGAUUUUGUAGACAUUAGGCUAUUAUUUACAACAGCAGUUUCUUAUAGUAAUCUGCUGUUCUUCUGUAGUUGUUUGCUAUUAACUUUCAAUCAAACUUUAUAUCUAAAUUGGUCGUGUUGCAAAAUUACACUGCAGAAAACGGAAGUUUACUGAAAAAAUCUUCAAUGAACUGAACGUUUAUAUCAAUGCACUAUG